GCUGAAGUCAUAAACAUCAUGGCCGCGAAGCUGUUGGUUAUCUUCCUGGCGGCGUUAACUGUCGCAAGAGGAGAGAAGACCUCGAAGGUUCAUAUCCACCACCACGACACAGGGGCCGUCGAUUACGGCACCCACCACCAAGCACCUGUUUAUGGACACCAUGGCUACCACCAGCACUUUCCCGUUUACGGACAUCCAGUUCCCGCUUACGGCCACCACGAGCAUGCUUACGGACAUAAACACGAGCCAGAAAUCCCAGCGUGUGCGGAGAACACCACCAAACCCUGGUGUCUGGAAGACUCCGAGUAUCCACUUCAUGAACUGCAACACGCCAUUCAGUACAACGCCCACCACGUCCUUUCAUUAUACGCCGACGUUGCCGAGCUCAACACGGCUCUGUCCGUCGCGAGACCGAAGACUUUAGAGGAGGAGACUUACCUGUGUCCCUCCGAGACCGCUUACGUCCAGCCUCUGAGAGCCAUCAAUACGGACGGGAAAUGGAGGGUCAUCGUCAACAACGUUGAUAUCCACUACGAAACCCUGACUCAGACGACUCGCAUCGAAGAGUGCUUGACCGCUGGAGAGGCCUGCCCCCUGGUGCCGGUCUGUUAUGAAUCCAAAUGCCUGCAGAAGUCCAUCGUGCACAGGUUCCUCGUCUAUGAUUCUUACGAUUACUACUUCCCCUUCGCUAUUGAGACCUUCAAGCUACCAGCCAGUUGCGCAUGCCUUCUGGGCGCUUAUACUAUCGACCACUAAGCGCAAAAGUUCUUCAGUGGUUAGCCAAAGAUGUCAAGACUGAUCACUCUAGAUAGUGUUUCGAUUUAAAAUUCAAAUAUCCAAUUAUCAUAAGUAACUAUGGGAAAUUAAUGAGAUAUAUUGUUAAUUAGUUUCCUCAUGGUCUAUACUGAAAAGGUGUCCCUGUGAUAAACUUAUCCUGCAGCAUAGGAAAGCGGUACGUAAAGGAAGCAGUUUUCUAGUCAUUUUAAGUUAAGUUUAAUACUAGUAUUUAUCCUUAAUAUUCCUCUAAGUCGAAUACAAGUGACUUCAGCUCUUGCUUGUUGAAAUAAAGCUUUACGAUUUUUA